UUUGAAGCGUCAUGCACCCGUCCCCGUCGUCGUCGUCGUCCUCGAGUCCGCGCCGGUACAAGCGGUACCUCUCGGAAGAGACACUCGAGCGCAACCGUGAGCGGUCAAAGAAGUACUAUGCGCAAAACCGCGCCAAAGUGCUCGCCAAACUAAAGUCGAAUUACGCCCGAAAGCGCGAAGCCGAGACCACCGCGUACUGCGAAAAGCACCGCGGGUUCUUUCUGAGCUACUUUCACGUCGACCCGCUGGCACGGCCAGUCGCGUCAAAGGACGAGGCGCCCGCGUCGUCACCACACCACACUACGACGACGACGACUUCCACCGUCAAUGCGCUCGACUUGGCCUACAUUUUGAAUUAGCCUAGUACUUAAUACAUACACUAUUUAGUUUUUUGUGGCGGACGGACAGCGCAACAAGGACACGUCGGAUUGUCGACACUGCGAAAAGCUCCUCAAAACGUCCGUCGCAGCAUCCAUGUCC